AUGUCUGACGGACAUCGAACACCCGAUUUAACUGGCGCACCGGGCUCGGCAAUGCCAUUGUCCGAUGUGGAGCCGUCGAAAAAGCCAUCGUCCAUUCUACGAACAGCUUUCGACGAUGCGGCUCUCCAAUCGAUGGAAGAAGAGUUUCAAGGCAUUCUCAAUGAGCUAGUUGGUGGAGAUCGAAGUUUAGAGAAGCUUCGUACCGAAUACGAAAAACUUCAUAAAGCUUUACUGAAAUCACACGAUAGUGAAAAGCGUUUGAUGCAGAAAUGUCGUGAAUUGAACUCAGAACUGAUGACCAAUUCUGCUAAAGUACAAGCAGCCAUGAAACUGAGCGAAGAAGAUAAGAAUACAAUCAGUUCGCUCCAGAAGGAAAUCGACAAGGCUUGGAAAAUGGUCGAUGCUGCUCAUGAAAAAGAACAACGUGCCAAAGAAACAAUUCAAAGUUUAAGAAUUGAAAUAAAUAACUUGAGUAACUUAGUGGAACAAGGUGCAGGAAUGAGUGUUGGUCAAGAACAAGAUGUGAACGAUUUGAUGAAUGCUCGUACCGAACUCACGCAAGAACGAGAUAAACUGUUGAAUGACCUCACGGAGAUCCGUCGCGAAUUUGAUAUAAGCCUGAUUAAACAGGGCGAUUUAAAGAAAGAAAUCCAGGUCUCCAAUGAUCAAAUACUUGAUCUGCAAGAGAAAAUCAAUCAAUUAAAGAAUGAAAAUGCCAAAGAAGCAAAGAAACGAGAACAAACUGAAUUGGAAUUGAAAGCGAGUAAACAGAAUUUAGAUGUGAAGAAUGCCGAAGCCAAAUCCCAGUCGACCUUAUUCGAAGCUCAACAGCAGGAACUGAAAAGAACUCAGCAACAUCUUCGACAGUUCAAAGACGACAACGUUCGUCUAACGAAAGAAAAUCNGAAAAGAACUCAGCAACAUCUUCGACAGUUCAAAGACGAACACGUUCGUCUAACAAAAGAAAAUCAAAUCAUUCAAGUUCAUUUGGAUAAUCUCCGUAUCCAAUUCAACGAACUGAUGUCAAAAAAUGACAAGUUAUCGUCUGACUUCGCUCGUCGGGCGCUUGACUUGAAGGAGAAAGACGACGAAAUAAACUAUCUUCGAAAAGACCGCGAUAAUGAACAGAAGAAGAAGGACUAUGCCGAGAAACGUUUACGAUUAGUCGAAGAUCAAUUAGCUGAUUCGGAACAAAAACGCGAAACUCUUCGUGCGAAUGUUUCGAAUUUACAACAAGAAAUUGAUCGGUUCCAGAAGCACUGCGACGAUUUGAAGGCUCAAGCCGAUGGGUUAACACGUGAACGUGAGCAACUGAAUAAAACAUGUCAGAAGUUAAUUGGCGACAAUCAGAAACAAUCAGAUCAAAUGCGAAGUGUCGAUCAAAGCAAACGAACUCUAGAACAAGAUAUUUCCAAUUACAAAGACGAAGCAGCCAAACGACGAAAGAUCCUUGUACAAUUGGAAAAAGAACGAGAUCGUUAUAUCAAAGAGGGAGGUGACUUAAUGAAACAAGUGCUCGGUUUCAUGGAAGAAGUGAAGAAGAAAGAACUGGAUUUAUUCGAUCACAAAAAGAAAAUUGCCGAGUUAGAAACACGAUUAAAACAACAACAGGGUUUGUACAAAGCUGUUCAAUUGGAUCGAGCUGUGUAUUCAAAGAAUCUCAUCGACUCUAAAGACGAAAUCGGCGAGAUGAAGCGAAAAUUGAAAAUUAUGACUCACCAAAUCGAUCAAUUGAAAGAAGAAAUUCAAGGCAAAGAACAAGAUCUAGUACGGGGACAAGUAGAGCAUGAUAAAGUGAAAAAGGAAAAAGACCAAUUGGUAGCCAAUGUUGAACAAAUGAAGAAAGAUGCUACGAAAAAGGAGGAGGACUACUCCAAUCAACAAGCUGAAUUCGAACGAUUGAACAAACAAUUAUCUGAAGCAAAUGAUGAACGAAAAAAACAAAUGAAACAGUUACAGCAGGUUAUUGCCGAACGCGAUGUUCUCGGUACUCAACUUGUUCGACGAAAUGACGAACUGGCACUUCUGUACGAGAAAAUGAAAAUUCAGCAGUCGACAUUGAACAAAGGCGAACUUCAAUACAAAGGUCGUUUGGAGGACAUCCGUAUAUUGAAAUUGGAAUUGAAGAAACUCCGACAUGAGAAAGGGUCGUUGCAAGAUAAAGUUUUCAAUACGAAUGAUCUCAAACGUGAACUCUUCCAUAUUCAACGGGAAUUAAUUCGCGAACGUACGCGUUGCCGAGCAAUGGAAGAAGAAAUGGAGAAUCCAAUGAAUGUUCAUCGAUGGAGAAAACUUGAAGCCAGUGACCCAUCGGCGUUUGAAUUAAUACAAAAAAUCCAACUACUUCAAAAACGACUAAUACAAAAAACCGAAGAAGUCGUUCAGAAAGAACUGCUAAUCCAAGAAAAAGAGAAACUAUAUGCUGAACUUAAACGAAUCUUAGCUCGUCAGCCCGGUCCUGAAUGUGCCGAACAAUUGUCUAUCUAUCAGGAAACGUUAAAAGCUAAAACAAAACAAUUAAAAUCACUGGCAGGCGAAGUCAAUAUGUAUGAAAGUCAAAUCGACGGUUAUAAAUAUGAAAUUGAUAAACUCAGUCGGCAGUUGACCGAAGUGCGACAGAAAUAUUUUCUUCUCAAGAAAAAACAAACCAUGAUCAAAGAGAAAGAACGUUUAUCGGAAAUGCAACAAAUAACAACAACGAUCAAUGGCAUUACACUACAACAACCACCUCCGGAUCUCAUUCAACCGCAUCGAUCAAAUGAACAACCACGAUUUACUGGUGGUGGAUUCAAUUUGAAAUCGAUUCCAAAGCCUCCGAGCGAUAAUGCUUAG